GAGAGCUAGCGAGCGCUCGGAACCUGGGCCAGCAGAGGGGGCGCCCGGCCGCUGCCUGCACCGCCGCCUCCGUCGCGCUCGGGGGCCCCUGGAGGAGCAAGGGCGAGUCGGAGAGUCCGGGAGCCGAGCCCGGCGAGACCCAGCUGCGGGAGGGCGCCCGCCCCACUCAGCCGCCUCCUGCGCCCGAGCCGGGGAGCGCCGGCCGACCGCCCCGCGGGCCGGAGAGCUGGGAGCACAGGUCUCCGGAGCCCCAGGGAUGGUCUAGGAGUCGGCGCGAGGCUCGCUGCUCUGCUCCCUGCCGGGGCUCGCCGCCUCCUGCCGAUCGCCCAGGGCUGCGAGCCGCGGCGGCCGGGGGCUGCGAGCCGGGGCGGCCCAGGCCGGAGAAGUUAGUUGUGCGCGCAGCUUAGUGCGCGGAGCAAGCGAGCGACCGAAGAAGCAGCGAAGCGCCGGGGCCAUGGGCUGGGGGAGCCGCUGCUGCUGCCCGGGACGGCUGGACUUGCUGUGUGUGCUGGCGCUGCUCGGGGGCUGCCUGCUCCCCGUGUGCCGGACGCGCGUCUACACCAACCACUGGGCAGUCAAAAUCGCCGGCGGCUUCCCGGAGGCCAACCGCAUAGCCAGCAAGUAUGGAUUCAUCAACCUAGGACAGAUCGGGGCCCUGAAGGAUUACUACCACUUCUAUCACAGCAGGACGAUUAAAAGGUCAGUUCUCUCAAGCAGAGGAACACACAGUUUCAUUUCAAUGGAACCAAAGGUGGAGUGGAUCCAACAACAAGUGGUAAAAAAACGGACCAAGAGGGAUUAUGACUUUAGCCACGCCCAGUCCACUUACUUCAAUGAUCCCAAGUGGCCAAGCAUGUGGUAUAUGCACUGCAGUGACAACACACAUCCCUGCCAGUCAGACAUGAACAUCGAAGGAGCCUGGAAGAGAGGCUACACGGGAAAGAACAUCGUGGUCACCAUCCUGGAUGACGGCAUUGAGAGGACCCAUCCAGACCUGAUGCAGAACUACGAUGCUCUGGCGAGUUGUGACGUGAAUGGGAACGACUUAGACCCCAUGCCUCGUUAUGACGCGAGCAACGAGAACAAGCACGGGACCCGCUGUGCUGGAGAAGUGGCCGCCGCAGCAAACAACUCUCACUGCACAGUUGGCAUUGCUUUCAACGCCAGGAUCGGAGGAGUUCGCAUGCUGGAUGGAGAUGUCACGGAUAUGGUUGAAGCAAAAUCAGUUAGCUUCAACCCUCAGCAUGUGCACAUUUACAGUGCGAGCUGGGGCCCAGAUGACGAUGGCAAGACUGUGGAUGGACCAGCUCCACUCACCCGGCAAGCCUUUGAAAACGGUGUUAGAAUGGGGCGGAGAGGCCUCGGCUCUGUUUUUGUCUGGGCAUCGGGAAAUGGUGGGAGGAGCAAAGACCACUGCUCCUGUGAUGGCUACACCAACAGCAUCUACACCAUCUCCAUCAGCAGCACAGCCGAAAGUGGAAAGAAGCCUUGGUACCUGGAAGAGUGUUCGUCCACGCUGGCCACAACCUACAGCAGCGGAGAGUCCUAUGAUAAGAAAAUAAUCACUACGGAUCUGAGGCAGCGUUGCACGGACAACCACACUGGGACGUCGGCCUCAGCCCCCAUGGCUGCAGGCAUCAUUGCACUGGCCCUGGAAGCCAAUCCGUUUCUGACCUGGAGAGACGUGCAGCAUGUUAUUGUAAGGACUUCCCGUGCAGGACAUUUGAACGCUAAUGACUGGAAAACCAAUGCUGCUGGUUUUAAGGUGAGCCAUCUCUACGGAUUUGGACUGAUGGAUGCGGAAGCCAUGGUGAUGGAGGCGGAGAAGUGGACCACUGUUCCCCAGCAGCACGUGUGUGUGGAGAGCACAGACCGACAAAUCAAGACAGUUCGGCCCAACAGUGCGGUGCGCUCCGUCUACAAAGCGUCGGGCUGCUCCGACAAUCCCAACCACCACGUCAGCUACCUGGAACACGUAGUUGUGCGCAUCACCAUCACCCACCCCAGGAGGGGAGACCUGGCCAUCUACCUGACCUCGCCCUCAGGAACCAGGUCCCAGCUUUUGGCCAACAGGCUUUUUGAUCAUUCCAUGGAAGGAUUUAAAAAUUGGGAGUUCAUGACCAUUCAUUGCUGGGGAGAACGAGCUGCUGGUGACUGGAUCCUGGAAGUUUAUGACACUCCCUCUCAGCUGAGGAACUUCAAGACUCCAGGUAAAUUGAAAGAAUGGUCUUUGGUCCUCUAUGGCACCUCUGUGCAGCCAUACUCACCCACCAAUGAGUUUCCUAAAGUGGAACGUGUCCGGUAUAGCCGCGUUGAAGACCCCACUGAUGACUAUGGGACAGAGGAUUAUGCAGGUCCCUGUGACCCUGAGUGCAGUGAGGUAGGCUGUGAUGGGCCAGGACCGGACCACUGCAAUGACUGUUUGCACUACUACUAUAAGCUGAAAAACAACACCAGGAUCUGUGUCUCCAGCUGCCCCUCUGGCCACUACCACGCUGACAAGAAGCGAUGCAGAAAGUGUGCCCCCAACUGCGAGUCCUGCUUUGGGAGCCACGGGGACCAGUGCCUGUCCUGUAAAUAUGGAUACUUCCUGAAUGAGGACACGAACAGUUGUGUCACUCACUGCCCUGAUGGAUCGUAUCAGGACACCAAGAAAAAUCUUUGCCGGAAAUGCAGUGAAAACUGCAAGACAUGUACUGAAUCCGACAACUGUACAGAAUGUAGGGAGGGGUCAAGCCUGCAGGGAUCCCGGUGUGCCGUUGCCUGUGAAGACGGACGGUACUUCAACGGCCAAGACUGCCAACCCUGCCACCGCUUCUGCGCCACCUGUGCUGGAGCAGGUGCUGGUGGGUGUAUUAACUGCACAGAGGGCUACUUCAUGGAGGAUGGGAGGUGCGUGCAGAGCUGUAGUAUCAGCCAUUACUUCGACCACUCUUCAGAAAAUGGAUACAAAUCCUGCAAAAAAUGUGACACCAGCUGUUUGACAUGCAACGGUCCGGGGUUCAAGAACUGUACGAGCUGCCCCAGUGGAUAUCUUUUAGACUUAGGAAUGUGUCAAAUGGGAACCAUCUGCAAGGACGCAACGGAAGAGUCCUGGGCGGAAGGAGGCUUCUGUAUGCUAGUGAAAAAGAACAAUCUGUGCCAACGGAAGGUUCUUCAACAACUUUGCUGCAAAACCUGUACAUUCCAAGGCUGAGCUGCCAUCCUAGAUUUCUUUGUUCCUGUAGACUUAUAGAUUACUCCAUAUUAUUAUUAAAAAGAAAAAAGCAAGCAAAAAAAAAAAAGCAAGCCAC